CAGUCUUUCACGUCUUGAGCGACCGAUCGCACAUCCAACCGCAAGACAGUCGCGAAUUCCGUUCGCCGGCGCGGAUACACUCGCGUCUCCGUGCCUUCUUCGUACCGCGGUAGGUCCACCUUCGCGACGAUGCGUCCGCGAUCGUAGGCUCUUCCUUGGUGCCAACACGGAGGCGCAGGUCGCGAGGAGUUAGAGGGUAGAAGCGGACAAGCGGAAGAGACGAGAGGGAUAUAUAAUGAGGCUUCUCUGCGUGGCAAUCGCCAUCGCGAGUGCAGCGUUUCUCUUGACAAUCGUUUCAGGCGGUCGGGGCAGCAAAGUAUCGAAGCGGGCGAAGCCCCUCGAUCCUGACGAGGACGACUAUUACUACGAUGAUCCCGUGGACGAGAGGAACAAUCCGACGAACGAGGCGCCGGCGGUGCCGCCCGGAUUCCUGAGCCCGUCCGUGCGAGAGUACCUCGAUCUCGGUAAAUCGAUACCCGGUCGACCAGGCACGGAUUAUCCAGUGCUGGGAAAGGUGCCUUACACGAAUUUCUACUGCGACGACCAGUCUUUCCCCGGCUUCUUCGCUGACGUAGAGACGAGAUGCCAGGCGUGGCAUUAUUGCGACAUAGACGGCCGACAAGCAACGUUUCUCUGUCCAAACGGCACGCAAUUCAGCCAGGCGGUCUUCGUCUGCGACUGGUGGUUCAACGUGAGGUGCGAGCUCAGCCCGAAGCUCUACGCCAUCAACAGUCGACUUUACGGUACGCCCACCGAGAGUCCGACCAGACCUCACCGACUGAUCACGAAGGAGCUUCUGGAGAAUAUCUUCGUGCGUAGGAAAUGAAGGGGGCGGACGGAUGGCACGCGAUAUUCAUCUCGAAACAAAGAGAAAGGGAGAGAAAGAUAGAAAACCGUCGAAGUAGAAGGAAAGUAUUUUCCUCGCAAUACAGGAAUCGCAAAAACCCUGGCGCAGCGCUUCUAAAAAAGUAUCCUCACGAGUCUCCAGAUACAUGCAGAAAAUUAUUUACUGUCUCUCUCUGCCACAUUAAUAAAUCCGUGACUCGGAUUUUCGUAUUUCGAUCUUUCUCCGAACGCGAAAGUAAUCGCAGUCGCUUAACUAUUCCAUCACAUCGAUCGACACAGAAGCUAGCGUGGGAUUCACGCUUGGGCCCUAUCACGACUGCGGAACUUUCAAAGGAAACGAAGAAACGUACGAGAGCAUCUGACGAUUGCGAGAACACGACGACGGCGCGAUUAUCCGUGACAAUCGUGGAUUCCGUGGAAAGAGAGCAUCGCGGGGCUGCGCCAUUGUCGCGCACUCGAGCCGCUGAAUCGCGCGAUGAGCGUUCUGGGGCGAUUACCGGUGGAUAAAUCUUUACCCAAUGAAUAUCGAAGCGAUUUUCGCUGAAGGCGAAGAACGUUUCACCCGUUCCAGAAUUCGAGAGAACGAGGGGAAAGAGGACACGUUCGUGAUAAGUACUGCUGCGCCAAUAAAAGAGGAAUCCGGAGGUGGAGCGCGACUUCCGUCUGCGAUCGGCCUUCCCUUCUGUCGGAAAGAACCGCCCGACGCGGAAAAGCGUCUUGCAUCUCUCGAUGCGGUUCUUAAUCGUUGAUGAGAUCCCGCUCGAGAUGCUGCGAGAUAACCGAAGCGUCUUCCUUCGCCUCUGCUUCCGAUCGGCGCUCAACGGACGUCUUUCGUCGACGAGCAUUUUUCUCCCUCCCUCCCUCUCUCUCUCUCUCUCUCUCUAUCGCGCGUCUCGUCGAGGGACAAGAAGACUCGGAAGUUGAUCGUCGUUACGGCGGAAGUACGAGAGCCACCGGUACGGACAAUACGUACUACCGGCACAGCUGCGGGAAAAUCAACCGAGCGCUCCAUGAUCGAUCAUCAAAUCCGGACACGACUCUGCUUCCAAACACUUCAGCUGCACGCUAUAAUCUAUUUGACGGAUGCCGCGAUUUCCAUUAUACUUUCGAAUAGCAACGCUUUGUACACUGAAUCCUAUCAAUUUAUAAACAGGGAUUAAUGUCAAUCGAGUCCCCUGAAAGUUCGACUGCACUCUUAAUCGCUAUCUUAUCGCGAUCUCCGUUGAGAAGCGAGUCUUUAAUACUAAAAUACAUCUAUACGUAAAUAGUCUAGUAUCGCCAAAAUAUUGUUACUACGUUAUUGUAAAAGUAAUACCGAUUGCAAACGCAUUUAUAAAAGACUAGUUGACUAGUUUUAGCCUUCAUAAAAGGCUAGUUGAGAAUAUGGUUAGUUUGUUUAAUAUUAUUCGAAUCGUUAAACGAAACAAUGGUAUAAACUGUGAUCGUACACAAUAAGAACAAAUUUGCUGAAAUAAAAAUUUAAAAAUAAUUAUGUUGAACCAUUAAAAAAAUUAUACCGGAUGUUCAAUUUGAUCGCUAAAAAUGUCAAAACUGUUUGAAACAAUGUCAUCAUGCUUCGGCUACCGCGUACUUAAUUAUUUUGAUGUCCCAACAUAACAUAAAAUUAUCUUCUGAUCUGUAUCGAACUACAUUUUUCGAUAGUGCAGUGCAAUUGUUUUUCUUUUUCGUGUAGAAGAGAAAAAUGAUAUUUUCACACAUUACUACACUUUUCGAGCAUAAUUAUAACCACAUAAUAAAAAAAGAAAAGAUCUUAUUUUUUCAUAGAUUAAAAAAGAUAUUACAGUUGUAUUAUUGUUUCGAUCAACAGCUUAAAUGUAAAGAAUGCAAUAAGAUAUUAGAUACUAAUAAUACUAAGAAAAAUAUAUAGGAAACAAUAUCAUUUAAUUUGAAUAUAUCCAAAUGAAAAAAAAAAAAAAAAAACCGAUCAAAUUAUCACCAUAAUACGUAUCGCUUUGCGCCAAGCUGUGCCGAAAGAUGCGUUUUUUGCGCGUGGACGGCAUCGACGAGCGUAGAAGUUGAUGCUUCCCAAAAUCAAUAGUCGAUAAUAUGAUUGUACAUGCCCGCCAAUUGUGAUGCCCGAAUGAAGUACAACACGCACACAUGACAACGGCAGGCUUUGCCGGCAAUUAGUAAUGGCGCGUCGUGCGAGAUACGCGAUAUUGUUGCAGCCCCGCGCGAAAAAACUUUCAAAAACGAACGUCACGCGAUGAAUUCUCGCUAUGCUAAUAAACAAAUACGACGCGUGCACAAUCGAUCGAUCCCUGAAUCAAGAUCCGUGGACCGCGAUUUUUUUUUCGUCAGGACAGGAAGAACGAUAUAGAUACGACACUAACAAUCAUACCUGAGGCUCUCCUCAUCUCGAGCACGCUCGAGAGCUCGUAGUGUUAAUUAGUUACUUGUUAAAACUGUGAGUGAAGUGCACGUUUGCGAUCUUGUGUCAGCGUUAUUCGUAACGAUUGUAAGCGAUUUCUGCAGCGGAAUGAACAUGUGCCUUUACCUAACGUCCUUUUGCGCCUUGUACAUAAUAGAAAUAUAAACAUAUAGAUGUUCUAAGCCAUUACACGCCGAUCGUCGGCGAUUUUGUGUUAAUGUAGAUAAACGAGUGUUGGAACGAUGCGGAAUAACAGUCGGGAUCAAAAUUCUGAAGUAAUAAUUGAAAAUGAAGAUGCGCGCGAUUAAGGGAAGUGUCGCUCUAAGCUUAUGGGUAGUUAGCCUCCUUCGAUCCUUCGGCGGUAUCCGGCGGGGAAUGUAAUCUUCGCAAAUUGGAUGCUGUACAAGAAUGCCAUUACUAAAAUUUUUAUUUAAUAUAAGGGAGGAAGAGAGCUUUUAUGAGAGAAAGUUAUGGUGAAUUAGUUUAGAAACUUUUUGGUACGGCACAGUGUAUCUUUAAUGAGGGAUGCCGACCUUUGCUGGCCAAUUUGCUAAUGAAGAACGAAUAACGGAGACAAUCUUCAGUGAAACUAAAGAUUACCUUUUAAACGAAUGACGGGAUUUAAACUGAAGAGUCACACUUAAUUCGAUUAUAAGCCACGAAAAAAAAAAUCUCAAGUAAUUCCUUCCGUUCGCGGUUUAUACACAGCAUGAUUAAGCUUUCUUUCUUUAAUUGACAGCGACGUCUUUAACCGCGUCUUUUACCGCACAAUCGCAUAUCAAGCGUUUCGAUUCACGUUUAAUUCAAUUUAAGUAUCGCGUCAAUCAAUCGAAGAAUAAGGAGGAUAUAUGCGACGAUAAUCUAGCUUCAGAUAACAUUCAGCCGAUCCAUUCUUAGCAUUUCCAGACUUGAAUUUGUGUAUUAUUGAAAGUGUAUUUUAAAAGCGAAUAAAGUAUUGAUAUUUCAACACA